UUGGACACCUAAUCAUCACAAGUUUAUGAUUUACGAUUUCAUUAUUCAAUAUGCAACUGAUUUUCUGUUUUCUCUAAAUUGCUCAAAACUACAAUCCAUGAAAAGAGGAAUUUAGCUCCUCAAUGCCCUCUUACGAGCAAUAUUUCAACAAAAUUGUCAGAAACAUAAUCAUUGACAAAAUAAGAGUUAUCCGUUCUGAUUAAAUUUCAUUCCUCAUUUGCAUUAUUGAAUAGAUUAAGGUGGUCAUCGCUGAAAGGAUGGUCGUCCACUUUCAAAGCUCCGUAUUUUGUUUCCCAUUACCGGCUAAUUUAACCAGGCAACGCGGGGGCAAGCGGAUUUUGUUACAAACUGACAUUUUCCAGAGUGUGAUCUUAAGUCGAAGAUCCAUCGGACAGGCGAGCGGCGUCCUUGUGAUGCAUUGACAUAAAGCUACAUCGGACGAAAUGAAAUUUCAGCAUUGACGCAAAACGUCAAAUUAAAUGACUUGUUAAAGGGUUAGUUAUUGAACUUGUUUUGUUAUCUUUUCUCAAAAAAAAAAUUGAUUGAGGAAAUAUCAUUGAAAUAUUCUGACGGCGGAAGGGCUUUGGCUCAGAAACACUCCAAUCCCAUCAAGAUAAUAUAAACCAUUCACCUUCUAGUCAUUUCUAAGAUGAUCCGGUUAAUGUAAAGUGAAAUUUUAGGUUGAUUUUUUCUCUCUCUUUCACCUGAUGAAAUAUGGAAAGUUUCACUAUUUAAACAAGAAUGUAGGUUCCAAGACCAUCGAUUGAGAUUGUUUGGUUUGUAAAAUACACGGUAUUUGUGUUAAUGCUGUGUUGAGCGCCUGUACAAACCAUCAAAUCGACGUAGCUGCCUAAAGGAACUUCUACUGGGAUGGAUGAAUAUCGAAGUCAAAAUGCUUGCCUUUUCGCGAAUGUAAUAGACUUUAGUAUGGAGGAAAACCAACUUGUUUACAUUUCCAAUGUAAUGACCUGCAUUUUCAACGCGUUAUUCGCCGUUCCAGCCAUCGUUGGAAAUAUUUUAGUUGUGUUAGCGAUAUGGAAAACACAUUUGGCUCGUUCUCCGUCAAACAUCUUACUGUCCACGCUGGCGUUCGCCGAUCUUCAAGUUGGCUUGAUCGUUCAGACACUUUUCGUCUGUCACAAGAUGGCUGAAAUCUUCAAAGCUGAAGAGCUGUCUUGUUACGCUCGCUUUGUGUAUAUUGUGUUUGGUUACUGUAUUACUGCAGUUUCUCUUCUCACGCUAACUGCCAUCGCUCUGGAACGAUUUUUGGCAUUGCACCUACAUUUGCGUUAUAAAGAAGUAGUAACAAAAAAACGGAUUUUAAUAGCGGCCUGUUCUUUCUGGGCGCUGGGAAUAGUAGUGACUUCCCUAUAUUUUAUACAGAGGAGCGUGUUUGGCUCAAUUGUGAUAGCCUCUGAAGUAUUAUCCAUCGUGAUAACCUCUGUGGCAUACAUCAAAAUUUACAAAAUAGUGCGUCGUCAUGCCAGAGAAAUACAGUGUCAAAGACGAUUUGAUCUUGGAACGCAGGUCGAAUUAAACAUGAAAAAAUACCAGCGUUCGACGUUCACAAUGGUGAUUGUAUUUAUGCUGUCGUUUGUCUGCUAUGUUCCUUAUUCUUUGGUGAUGGUGGCCAAACUCAAAUACGGAUUUACAGUACCGGUGAAGGUUGCAACUGAUGUAUUUUCGACUGUGGUUUGUAUCAACAGCUCUCUGAAUCCGUUUAUAUAUUGCUGGAGAAUGAAAGAAAUUAAGCAGGCCGUCUGGGCGGUGAUCAAACGAAAUACUGGGGUUAAUCCCGGAGCCACUGAACAAAGCACGAUGACUUUCAAUCCAUUACCACCCAAAAGGCUGGAUUAUGGCUCUGGCUGUAAAACGGUUCCCGAAGCACCACAUGAGAGUGUCAAGUAACGCGAAAAAAAAAAGGAAGAAAAAUCUAUAAAAUCAUAUCUUUUAAAUUCAGAAUUAUGCGGAGUGCAGUUUCUGUACGAAGAAUCAUGGCUUAAAUUGUCAGAACAAGGGAAAUUAAGGCAAUAUAAGUGAACAAAUAACAUCAGUGGCAGUGAAUGUAAGAGAAUCGUAAGCUCCAUAACUAUUUACUGAAUAUUCCAACUCAUUGAAAAACUUAUGAGAACUUUGAUGCAAGUUCAGGAUAAAUGGAGAUUGUACCCGCCGGCGGGCAGAUCAAAUAAUCUUUAUUUUUUAUUUUUAUCUACAACAGCCAACGGCAAAUGGUUCAUUUUAUCUCAUACGAUGCUUUGCAUUCAGUUUAAUCUCCUUUAAUUUAGUCACCCAGUUGUCUAAUAUAUCACACACAGGUUUGCUGUUGUUAAAAUAUAAAUACUAAUUUAAGAAAAUUAAGAAAAAAAAAAAGGCUGCCAGUCUUUCGAAAAAGCCGCUGUCUUUAAUGUUUCAAUUGUUUUUCAUAGUUUCGCCAGAAUAUGGCAUACAGGAAAUGACCCAAAGAUUCGUUUGUUUGAAACUUUACAGAAAUUAUCUAUCGAUCGAUUUCGUGUCUUAUUUCAUCCUCGCAACAAAAAUUGUGUUUCCUCAAAGAUGGUUUUUUCGUCUGAAAAAAGCAUUUUCAUUCUAAGUCUAAGAAAUGGCCGAACUUUUAGAAUUAAAAAAUGGUUUGUAAUGAA